AUGACAGAGCAAGACGGAGAUUUCAUUCAGGGAACUUGUAUGCAAAUGUGUCCUCAGAGUGAGAUCUUAUCACGAGAAAAACAGCGACGACUUCACUUCUUCGAAACCAUUGCGUUUACAUCGCGUUCUACAAAUUCAAACAUUUCCCAACAACACAAACUAACAGCUGAUCCGAGGGCCGUAGUUAAGGAAUUUACUCGCUCAGCGGCAGGAAAAGCUAUUGAUCCUUCAGAACUCAGGCCAUUUCAAGUACUGUUACGGACGGUAGAUUAUCUGAUUGACGUAAUUGCUUCCAAAGAUGGGGACUACCCAUGGCAUAUGAUUUACUUGUUCGUCUUUGACAGAACAAGAUCUGUUAGACAAGAUCUAGUUGUACAAAGAAUCAGCGGAAAGCCUGUUGUUGAAAUUUUCGAGAAAAUAUGCAGGUUUCACAUUAUCAGCAGCUACCAGCUAUGUGAAAGUACCAUCGAUGUGUUUGACGGAAAAAUCAACAAUGAUCAUAUUGCAGAGUGCUUAAAGAGACUUCUGUGUUUCUAUGACAUGGAGCAGCCUGCUACCUAUAGAGAAACCAGAGCAGAGUUCGAAGCGUACUACUUGUUACACAAUUUGGGCUCAGUUGAGGCAUUAGCGCGAGCUGUGACUUUGCCUGAAGAAAUCAAGAGAAGUUGCCUGGUUCAGUUAGCAUUUGACAUUAACUUGACUAUACUGCUUAAAAACUAUGUGCGGUUCUUCAGACUUGUCAAGUCUCUGCCUUAUCUAGCAUGCUGUGCUGUUCAUAAGCACUUCAAUCAUGUGAGAGCUGAUGCUCUUGCCACCAUAAACACAGCUUAUUUCAGCCGUAAUGCAAGCCUUCCCCUAACACUGUUGGUUGAAAUUUUGAAUUUCAAUGAUGUUCAAGAGGCUAAAGAAUUCUGUUCUCAUUCUGGCUUAGAGGCAUCUGAUACAGCAGUGAAAUUUGUCAAGGGGCAAGUGAACAAUAAUCAAACGCACAGAACAAGGUUUUCAGGCAUGAUUGACACAAAACUGUCUGGCAGAAUAAGUGACAUAAUCAGUGGGAAGGAUAACAGUUGUAGAACAUUUCAGUUUCCCUCUCAAAACAAGAGAUCAGAAGAGUGCAGCAAUACUGAGAAAUUGCAUGGAGUUUCAAAGCCAUUAUCUGACUUAAAAACCCAACAGAGCUGGUUUGGUAAAGGCAGAGGAAGAGGAAGGGGAUGGAAGCUUUUUCAAUAG